GACUGAACUACUUAGCAUAACAUUCAAUUAUCUCAUUUAAAAUAAUGCUAUCACUUGCGUUACUGCCAUUUACCUCUCUUGCCCUUAAAACUACCUGUCUUCUACUCCUAUCUAACCUUCUCAUAUCUUUUGUCUCCUUGCCUUUCUCCAGGAACAUAAAAUUAUCAUUGUAUAGACCUUCAGUAAUGGGACCACUGGUGGAGGGUGCCAUUGCUUUAGCUGUAAUAGGUUUUAUUGUUUUUGGGUUUCAAUGGAAGCCUAAGCCAAGUAUUGGGAGCGUAAAAAACAAACAUGUUCUAAUCACUGGUGGUUCUAGUGGAAUAGGCCUCCAGAUUGCCAAAGAAGCACUGCUUCAAGAAGCCUUUGUCACCAUUGUUGCAAGGAAUCCUGCAAAACUUGAGAUUGCAGCAGAAGAACUAAGGAAGGAAGUCAAGUGUGAUGCUCGCAGGAUCAAUACAAAGGCUGCAGAUGUAAGCAAGUAUGAGAGAAUCUCAGAGGCCAUCAAGGACUCUAACCUAUGGAGGCCCAUUGAUGUUCUUAUCUGCAAUGCUGGAUUUUUGAGGAGUGCAUAUUUGGAGAACACAAUAAUAGAAGAAGUGGACUUAACUAUCCAGACAAAUUUGACUGGAACUUUAUACACUCUACAUGCUGCUCUGCCAUUGAUGAAAAAGAGAGAGGGCAGACCCCCAGCUUCCGUUGUGCUCAUGUGCUCUCUUUCCUCUUUGUUCUUGCUCUAUGGUCAUGAUGUAUAUACUGCAACAAAAUAUGCUCUGAGAGGACUGGCUGAAUCUUUGAGGCUCCAGCUGAUACCAUACAAUAUUAGAAUCAGUCUUGUGUGCCCUGGCUUUGUGGACACUCCGCUCCUGGAUCAAUGUGAAGCUGAAAUAGAGGAUGGCCAUCUUGCUCUAGUGAAACUUUUCAAUCUGUAUGAUAGAAGGAAGACAGAGGAUCCCAAGGAUGUUGCCAGGUAUACUUUGGAGGCUGUCAAGGAGGGGAGAUUUAUAACCACAGCACUCUUUCCUGGAAUGUUUCUCACUGUACUAUCCAGGGGUUUAAUGCCAGCUGAUUCCUUUCUGGGUGCUCUGAUUGAGCUUAUUUUAUAUUUCCCAUUAAGGCUUAUAAGUUUUAUUAUAGCUUCAAUUACUCCUGGAGCCGUGAGAUAUGUUCAUAACAAAUAUUACAAGUUUCCCAAACAAUGAAGAGGAAACAGUAUUUGUUUUUGUUUUGAAUUGUGUUAUUUUAGCGUAUGACCACUUUGGUGAUCAAUCAUCAGUAGGAAAGUAAUAAAUUCUUUCCAACCUAUGUGAAUUUACUAUAGCUGUCAAUUCAGGCCUAAGUUUGAUGGUAGAUGUCAACCAAGAAGUUUUUUUUUAAUGAUUGUUAUUUAUUUGAA